CCGGCGCUUCCCUAUACACACUCGAUUCGUCGGUCCAACUUCUUAUAUCUUUUAGCUUCAUCUUCUUCUACUCUCAGUUUUGGCAAUGGCGAUUCCUAUGGUGCUUGGUGUUCUAUUUCCACCGAGGUUGGCCAUCACUGCAGCAUCUGUUUUAGCUCUGACCUCGUUGGGAAUUCUUGGGUUUUUAGAGAUAAGGGGGAUACACUUGAAAUAUUCCAAGUUCUCCAAUGCUGCUGCUUCUUCAAUUAGUUCUAAAGUUCCCAGUAGGGUUGGCAUGUUCUUCCUCUACACACCGGCCUUCCUCGCCGGCGUUGCUUCCUUUUGGCUUUUCCCAGAUGGAGAUUUGAGGUUUCUUUUGCUCAAAUCCGCCAUUACCAUCCAUUUCUUCAAGAGAGUUUUUGAGGUGGCUUUCAUACACAAAUACAGUGGAGAGAUGGGUAUAGACUCCAUGAUAAUCAUAUCUGUCAGCUAUUUUUUUCUCAGUUUUAGCCUCAUUUACACCCAACUUCUCACCCUGGGACUCCCAGAGCCCUCCAUUGAUUUGAAGAACCCUGGAAUUGCAUUGUUUCUAAUAGGAAUUAGUGGCAAUUUCUACCACCAUUACCUUCUUUCCAAGCUAAGAGAAGAGGGUGGCAAAGGUUACAAGAUCCCCAGAGGUGGUUUGUUUGGGAUGGUGAUUUGCCCACACUAUCUGUUUGAGAUUUUAGGGUUAUUGGGAAUCAGUUUGAUUUCUCAAACAUUGUACUCGUUGUCAGCAACCCUAGGCUCUGCUUUUUACUUGGUGUGUAGGAGUUAUGUCACCAGGAGAUGGUACAUCUCCAAGUUUGAAGAUUUUCCUAAAGAGGUUAAAGCCCUAAUUCCAUAUGUUUUUUAGAUAUAAAUGGGCCAAACUGUGUUUCUUAGAUAUAU